AUGACGGCCGAACAACAAUCCGUUCAAGAAUUGGAUGCUUCUGUGAGCAACCGUUCUCAACAAUCUACUGUAUCAAACAAAGUGUCCGACAAUGAAAUCAAGGAUGAAAGCUACGAUGAGCAAGCUGGUCAAGAAAUCACUUUACCAAAAAAGCCAAUUAGCGCCUACUCAAAGUUCAUCAUUUUAAGUCUUUGUGUUGCUUUUGGUGGUUUUAUUUUUGGUUGGGAUACUGGUACUAUUUCUGGUUUUGUCGCUCAAACAGAUUUCUUACAAAGAUUUGGUGAACUAAAUUCAAGUGGUGAAUAUUAUUUGUCUAAUGUCAGAGAAGGUUUAAUUGUCGGUAUUUUCAACAUUGGUUGUGCUUUUGGUGGUAUUAUUUUAUCCAAACUUGGUGACAUGUAUGGUCGUAAGAUCGGUUUAACUUGUGUUACCAUCAUUUAUAUCGUUGGUCAAGUCAUCUGUAUCGCAUCUGUUGACAAGUGGUACCAAUAUUUCAUUGGUAGAAUCGUUGCUGGUCUAGGUGUUGGUGGUAUUGCUGUCUUAUCUCCAAUGUUAAUUUCUGAAACUUCUCCAAAACAUUUAAGAGGUACUUUAGUGUCAUGCUAUCAAUUAAUGUGUACCGCAGGUAUCUUCUUAGGUUACUGUACUAACUACGGUACCAGUAAAUACUCUAACUCCGUCCAAUGGAGAGUUGCUCUAGGUAUCAGUUUCGCCUGGGCCUUAUUUAUGAUCGGUGGUUUAACCUUCGUUCCAGAAUCCCCACGUUACUUAUGUGAAAAAGACAGAAUCGAAGAUGCUAAGAAAGCUAUUGCUAUGUCUAACAAAGUUUCCGUUGAUGAUCCAGCUGUUCAAGCUGAAGUUGAUGCCAUCAUGGCCUCACUUGAAGCUGAAAGAGCUGCCGGUAAUGCCUCAUGGGGUGAACUAUUUUCUCCAAAAGGUAAGAUUUUACAACGUUUAAUUAUGGGUGUUAUGUUGCAGGCUUUACAACAAUUGACUGGUGAUAACUAUUUCUUCUACUAUGGUACUACUAUUUUCCAGGCCGUCGGUAUGACCAAUUCCUUUGAAACUGCCAUUGUCUUGGGUAUUGUCAAUUUCGCUUCUACUUUCGUUAGUUUAUAUGUCAUUGAUCGUUAUGGUCGUCGUACCUGUCUUUUAUGGGGUGCAGCAUCUAUGGCUGUUUGUAUGGUUAUCUAUGCCUCUGUCGGUGUCAAGUCUCUAUACCCACACGGUAGAAGCAAUCCAUCUUCCAAAAGUGCUGGUGAUGUCAUGAUUGUCUUCACCUGUCUAUACAUUUUCUGUUUCGCCACUACCUGGGGUCCAUGUAUUUGGGUGUUGAUCUCUGAAACCUAUCCAUUAAGAAUUAGAUCUAAGGGUAUGGCUUUAGCUACUGCUUCUAACUGGAUUUGGGGUUUCUUAAUCAGUUUCUUCACUCCAUUCAUUAACUCCGCUAUUCACUUCGCCUAUGGUUACGUUUUCUUAGGUUGUUUAGUGUUCAGUUGGUUCUACGUUUUCUUCAUUGUUCCAGAAACUAAGGGUUUAACUUUGGAAGAAAUUGAAGAAAUGUGGAUCACCGGUGUCUUACCAUGGAAAUCCAAUGGUUGGGUUCCAGCUGCCAGAAGAGGUGCUGAAUUUGAUGCUGAAGAUUUCACUCAUGACGAUAAGCCAUGGUACAAGGCUAUGCUUUAA